AUGGCGUUCCGUUGGGCGCGCAGAAUCGAGCGGGCGUGCUGCACCACGGCCAGAUACUUGCCGCUGGCGUUUGUCUACAGCUUGACGUCGUGGGCAUGUUGGGUGAUAGUCAGCAUCGGCAAGGAGACUGAGAGGAGCCGCUGGAUAGGCUCAGCGUCUUCUUUCUUCGGAGUUGCGCUCUAUCUCCUGCUCAACUGGUCCUACACGACAGCCGUCUUUACAGAUCCCGGAGCAACAACCAACGUGGACGGCUAUGGCCUUCUCCCCACAAGCGGUGGCCAGAAUCGCGCAGCAACGUCCUUUACAGUUAAGAGCAAUGGCGAAAUUCGAUUCUGCAAAAAGUGCCAGGCGCGGAAGCCGGAUCGCACGCACCACUGCUCGACGUGCCGCCGAUGCGUUCUCAAGAUGGACCACCACUGCCCCUGGCUGGCGACGUGUAUCGGGCUGCGCAACUACAAGCCCUUUCUGCUCUUCUUGAUCUACACCACCGUCUUUUCCUUUUACUGUUUCGCGGUCAGCGGUACGUGGUUUUGGUUGGAGGUGAUGGACGACUCCAAGUAUCUGGAUACGCUGCUGCCAGUCAACUUUAUCAUGCUGGCAGUCAUGAGUGGAAUUAUCGGGCUUGUCGUGGGCGCAUUCACCACGUGGCACAUUAUCCUGGCGCGCAGGAACCAGACGACGAUUGAGUGCCUGGAGAAGACGAGAUAUCUGUCAACGGUCAAGAGGACGCUCCACCAGGCACAGGGCCUUGCCAAUGGAAUUCCGCAAGCGAGACAGUUUGUAGACUUUCAUGCGAGCGCACUGCCUGGCAUCACACACCGGGAAGAGGGCGAAGAGCGACGUUCGACACAGGAGCCCCCCCGUGUCCAGAUGUCAUAUGAGGAACUAGAACGAUACCAGAGCCGCAAGCGUUAUGAGGAGUAUCUUGACGAACAGGAUUCAGAGAAGCUACCUAAUGCUUUCGACCUGGGCUGGAAGCGAAACCUGCUGCACCUUUUCGGACCCAGCCCGCUGCUGUGGUUCUUCCCAAUCUGCAACACGACGGGCGAUGGCUGGAGCUGGGAGGCAAACCCCCAAUGGGUCUCGGAGCGCGAAAGGCUGAGAAGUGAACGAGAACAGCAGCGACAGCGAGAGAUCAACGCAGGCUGGGGACAGGGCGAGGACAUUCCCUCAGCGACCGCGGACGUUACCGGCAACUACCACAGCCGCGCACCUCUCGCGGGAGCCAAUGGCCGGGUACCCAACGGCCGGGUAGCCAACGGCGGCCCGAGAAGGACGCAGAGCAAGGCGGACCGCAUUCUGGGUAGGGACCCGAACAUGUACGCCGACUCGUCGCAAGAUGUGCCCUUGCGAAGACUUAGCCCGCGGGGCCAUGCGGCGCCACACGACGAUGAUUUGCUGGACACGGACGACGAGGAGCUGAGCACUGUUGCUAAUGGCAAUGGCAAUAAGCAGCACCACACGGCGGCCAGCCGACUCGAGGCUGAGCGGGUGGCCAUGAGCGUAGUGACCAACACAAGGCCGUGGGGACGCGGCGGCGCGAGCGGAAUGCUACGCCAGGGCAGCCAGCAGAGCGGCGGUGGCAGCGGCCACAGCAGCCGUGUGGUGAGCCCGAGUACCGAGCAGAAUGACGAUGGAGUGGAUUGAGGUCUCAUUGACUUGAAAUCUUUUUCUGAUCUUGCUCGACAUAAACUAUGCCUAUCAUUUUUCUACAUGGCGAGUAAUUUAUUCGAAUUUUUUUAUUAUUAUUUUAUUAUUCAUCAAACUGUUUUAUUCUCUUGCUCUGUCUUCUGCUCUCUUGUCUUAUUACAGCCUUUACACUUACAGCGGCAAGUUGGGGGAAAGGGGAGGAGGAAGUUAGAAGAAAGAUAUUUUGAUGCGAGGAUCCUAAUCAUUUUUCGUCCCAGAGACAUAAAAGAAAGAUUGAGACUUAUUUUAGAUGGAAUACAGAAUACACUGCUGAGAAUGGGAGAAGAAAUGGGAAGAAUGAUGAGAACUAGGGAAAUAAGGGGGAGGGCUAAUCAACCUGUCCUUUAUUUGAUGAGAGCGGAUGUGUGCAUCAUUGCUAGAGCGCCAGAGAUAUAGCGCUGAUAUACGAGUUAACUGAUAAUGUAUGGGUAAUAUACGAAGCUACUAGUUUGCUGUUCUACGUUGUUCUAUAUUAAGAAGGAUGGUGAGAUGAGCUGAGAUGAGCCCUCCCCUUUGUUGUAGCUGUAUAGAAGCAACACUUGUCACUAUCCUGCGCGAUGCUGUUAGUUGUAAUUCGAGGCUCUAGUGCCACAUACCAUUUCCAAACAGCUGCUUCAGUUAUAAAAGCUCACGCUUGUGCGGCACCGUUGGCUGGUUUUUGCGUUUCCUUCUCCAGUCUCACAAUAACAUACACACACGCCCCCCUCUUCUCCCACCGUUUUCUCUACUAGGCAAUUCUCCAGAUUCGCGUGUUGCUUCCUCAUGCGCGUCGCGGACACUAACUCGGCGCCGACGCCGACAAAACUAUACAAUGGAGAUUUAGCUCUUGACUCUGACUCUCUUUCACACAAUGGGAAAAGAGCUCAAUUUGCGGGGGAGAGGGUUAAUAGGCAGCAUUACUCGUAAAAAGGGGGGGCGUGUUUGAUCCCCAUUGGUUUUUUUCCAUUAGAGGGAAUUCGUAGGAAGGCUGAUUCGAACACGCGGCGAAACUGCUAGCACAGCUGCCUACUAGGUACCUAGGUACGUUGG